CUCUCACAUCUUCACAAACGCCUAUUCUUCUGAACAGAAAUGGAGACUUGGGAGAAGCCUAGAGUUUCAUCUUCAAGAGAUCACUACCGUCAACCUUCCUUCUCCUCCACUCUCCUCGACCAAAUCUACCGCUCCAUCGACGACUCCCCUCCCCUAGAAUCCACUAGAAGGAAGAAGCAGCAGCACCGUAACAUAGCUCUCCAAGACACUUCUGCUUCAGACAAACUCGUAUUUCACCGCUGCUCCAUCGCCGCUGACUACGAGAGAUCCCGGCGAACGACCAGCUUAGCCGACUCCGUUUUCCUCAGAUAUUCCAACUCCAGCUCCUCUGACUCAAGCGGGUUCUCCUCCUCCGAGCUAGACUCCUUCUACCUACGCUCCAAACCCUCUGCCUCUCCUCCACGCACUCGUCAACCCAAGCCGAUUCGAACCUCCGUCGUGGAAAAGUUCGACCACUCCGUCAACGUACAGAAACCUAGCAGCAAACAAGAGCACGGUGGUUUCUUGAGAACCAAGUCAAAGGCCUUAAAGAUCUACACAGACUUGAAAAAAGUGAAACAACCUCUCUCUCCCGGAGGACGGCUCGCUACUUUCCUCAACUCUCUCUUCACAAACGCAUCAAGCAACCAUAAGAAGCUAAAGAAAAUCAACACCACCGUCUCUUCCUCAGCGGAGCAGCCACCACAGUCCUCCUCCAACACCACAUGCUCCUCCACGUCCUCUUUCUCCAGAUCUUGCUUAAGCAAAACUCCAUCGUCCAGCGGGAAAUCCAAAAGAUCCGUGAGGUUCUGUCCAGUGAACGUUAUCCUCGACGAAGACUCCUCCAUCCACAUCCCUUACGGUUAUAGUAACAAGCUGCAUGGAAACAACGUCGACCGCCACGUCAUGGAGGAGGAGAAUCGCCGCGUUAUCGAAGCGGCUAAGGAUCUUAUUAGGACGUACCAAAAGAACAAGGAUCAUUUGGCCGUGACAACGUGCGACAACGUUCAAGAAGAUGACGAGGAUGAUAUUGAUGAUGAUGCGGCGAGUUACGCGAGCUCUGAUCUGUUCGAGUUGGAGAAUCUUUCGGCUAUUGGGAUCGAGAGGUAUCGAGAAGAGUUACCAGUCUACGAGACCACUCGUUUGGAUAAUACGAAUCGAGCUAUUGCUACAAGUUUAAUUGUAUAAUAACAAUGUAUUUAGUGAAAAUGGUCGGGGUGGUUAUAUUAGUUUUUAUAAAAUUUUAAAACGGUUUUUUCCU